UUAAACACUAGAAUGGUUUUCAAGAAACUUAAACCUUGGUGUAACUCUAAAACUGCCACUCCAUAGGGUUUCGUACUUGGCGGAAAAGUUAUUUUAUGCCAAGGCAGUAUAGACUCCCGACCUUAGCCUAUUUCAAUAGAAACAAGUGAAAGAAAAAUAAAAUAUUUAUGCCAACCCACAUAAAUUACAAAAAGUAUAUUUUUUCCCUAAAUCAAAUCCAAUUGAGAAAUAACUGCACUUUGUAAACAGAUGUAAGAAAUGCUUAAUGCCGGGCGCUGACUCGAGGUUUAAGCCGCCAUCGGCAAAUGAAUCCUUGGCCUCGGAUGAAGAAGCGUCUCAGUUGGAACUUCACCUUCAGAGACAACUGGAAGAAGAUGUCGCAAGAAUAUUUGAUGAAUCCAUUUAUACUGAUCUUGAAGUGGUGUGUGGUAAACUAAAAAUAUUAACUCAUUCAUGUAUAUUACAAGCUCGCACAAAUAAAUUUUAUCAUAUACUUCAGACGAUAUUGCAUGUUAACAUCGGGCGCAGUGCUUUUGAUGAAAUAUAUUCGUUUAUCAGUGAUACCUACACUGAAUGCAAUAUAAAACAUCAAGAAAAAGAGAUACUGGCCUAUUUAAAAACAUUAUCACUAAACACAAAAGAAGCAGUAGAAGAGCCUGAAGAGUUUUUGACACCCAAGUGCAUAAGCCCCUAUGUAGAGAAAGCUUUGAAGAAAAGUAUUAGUUCUAGCCCUAGUACUGAACUUACAAAAGAAUAUUACGCUCUAGUGCCAAUAGAAGGCAACUUAUUAGAUAAAGAACUCAUAGAACAGGACGUUCUUUCUAAUGCUUUUCAAUCUAUUAUAAGUUCGCAAAUCGGAGAUUUAGAUAAGGUCAAAGGUUUUCAACGUAAUAAACCGACUUCGUUGGCUCUGAUUUCUAGUCAUUCAUCCAAAUCAGUGAAACAUUCCAACAGUUGUGAUAUUUUAAUUAAAAGUCAUCUUAAAGAUGAAAGUUCAUGCGGAACCUUUACAAACAUAGAAACAAAAUCAUUAGAUAUUGCUGCUGGUCAGUUUACUAAAACAAAUCAAGAUAUCGAAUCAAAUAAAACGUCUGAUAUUGUAUGUAAAAACACGAAGUUGAUUGACCCGCUUUUGGACAAAUCUACAGAUCCGGCUUAUUCCCCUGACAGUUUAAUAGCGGACGAUCCUAGUUCUUCUUCUGACUAUCUGUCUGCAGCUUAUACUUUUUCACCUGGUAUAAGUUCCGUUUUCCCCCAGCAUUUAAAUGUUGGAAUCAACAUCACUAAAAUGGAAAACAUUUUUACGUCAUCGGACUCUGGCUUGGAGAACACAGGUUUGUUGGAAAGUCUUACCAGUCAUAAAGAUAUAACUGUGACAGAUAUGUCGCUAACUGAAAGUACCCUACAUGACUUAACCACUGACGAUGGUAGUAAUUCCCACGAUUCAGUGUCAAGUCCACUAGUUGACAAGAAAAUUUCUACAGCAUUAAAUAUUGAAGUUUCCCUAAACUCUGCUUCAUGUACAUCAGAAAAUAAUACAUCAGAAGACCAGUCCACAAGACCAAAAGAAAUGACCUGUAAUUCCUCAAAAGAAGAAAAAGAAAAACAAAAUGAGGAGAUUGUUAUUCUUGAGUCUUCAUCUUUGUCUUCAGAAACAGGUUCAUGGGAAUCUGUGUAUCCUCCGAGAUUAACUGCAACAGAUAUGUGUGAAAAGUUCAUUCACAAUGAGCGUCGAAAUUUUAAUGAAGUAGAACCUAAAGUUUCCUCGAAAAAAGCAGACUGUGAUGAUUUCUCUCACACGAGUCAAAGCCUUGUUCAGAAAUCGCCAUUCAAAUCAUCAUCAUGUUUUAUUGAUGCUGCAAGUUUAGUCGAUGAAGAAGAACAUACAAUUAAAAUAAUUUCCGAUACCAAUGAUAUCUCAGAAAUCAUAGCUUCAGAUGUUCCAAUACCUAUGCCAAGUAAACCUGUACCUUGUUCAACAAAUAAAGUAGAUAUAAGUCCUAGUGAUUGGUCAGAAAAUGAUAACGAAGACUCCUUAGAACAAUUGGAUAACAAGGACCCCGAUUCAAUACAAAAAGACCUAUCUCCAACAAUUUUUGAAAUGACACCUAUCACCGAAGAUUCUUUAUGUACUAAUGUAUUUGAACCAGGGCAAAAUAAAGAAUCUGAAGAAAUGAAAGAAACUGCUAUUAAAGAAGAUUUAUCGAACAUUAACUCUGGAAAGGAUGAUUCAAUAUCCAUAAGCACGCCCUUAAUGACUACACCUUAUAACUCGAUAAUGUCACUUAAAGUUUCUGGUCUUAAGCAAUAUGAAUCUGAAGAAAGCGAAAGUGACACAACUAUAGUAGGUCAAAAUUUAACUAACAUCUUGAAAAAAUACAAUGAAUCAUCACCAAUUAUAUCAGGUGGAGCUUCUGUAGAAGAUCAUUUACCUAAUAUCAGUAGCAAUUCAGGAAGCCCGUUGAUACGUACGUAUAAAAAAAUAGAAAAUAUACCGAUAGUUUCAGGAGCCUAUGUCCCCCCUCUAGAAGCAGAAGUAAGCAAGUCACCGCGUCCAUCUUGUGCCCCUACAUGGGUAGUCGAUAUGUCUACCUCCUCUAAGUCAGACGUCGAUACAGUUCACUCAAAAAAACCCAGUGAUAAAAUGUGCGAUAGCCUGAGAUCCUCUUCUAAAAACAGUUCAGAAAAUUGCAAUAAGAGCAGAAAUUCAGUGGAUUCUGACAGCAGUGAGAAGUCAAGCCAUAAAUUUUAUAUCGAUUUAUCAAGUUUACCCGAUCCUAUACCGCCUAAAACUCAAAAUGAACCAGAAACAGCAAAUGAAAAGAAAAAUAUUUUUUCAAUGUAUAUUGAUUUUGGAGAAAAAUCUGCGUUGAAGGAAGCACCCCAUAGAUUAACUUCUUUAAAUAACAAGAAGAGCGAAGCAAAAAUCACUCCAAAAAACAAUAAAAAUAAGAUGGUAUAUACUCCUAUUUCAGUUUGCUCUAAAUUAUCUGACCCAAACAGCACAUCGACUUUUGAAAAAUAUGAGGUUUUAUGUGAAGAUUCCAACAUCAGUAUAUCAGAAAUCAUCAACCUAAAUGAGGGAAAUCGGAGAGAUACCAAAUCAAAAGAACUCAAGAAUUCAGAGUCAAGUAAGGACCCCCGAGCAGAAGAGAAAAAUCACCGACCCGAAGUGAAAAAUCACAGUGAUAGAUCUUUCCAACGGAAUUCGAGAACAACAAUUCACGAAGAAUCACUCAAAGCGAGGAUUACUAUAUUUGACGAAACAUUUUAUGAGCUAGAGGAUGAAUCAUUUGUGAAGUUGUCGGAUUUAGACAAACCUAUUCUGAAAGCGGAUCCUCCUGUAAUUAAAAAACCCGACAAGGUUGUAGAUGAGCGAAUGACCAGGUCAAUACCUGAUAACAGUUGGCGCGAGCAGCAAAAUCAAGGUUGUACAUCUAGAUCUAAUGAGAUUAUAAGUUCCUUUCAUUCGGAAAAUGCACUUAGCUUAAAUAGGUUGUUUCCGCACCUAAGGACAGAGUUCAGUAGAAGCAUGCCCGGGUCUUUGUCGAGCAGGACACGGUCUCCUUUAAGAUUAGGAGUCGAGCAGAGUCCCGGGGACUUAGACGAUCAAACUUCAGAUACAUCGGAAAUGAGCAGUGUGCAAAGUAGUUUUUGCCGAUCUAUCGUUGAAAACAGUACGACUGAAGAAACCAGCCAAGCCUCAAGUCUGAUAGGCAAUUGUCAAUCCCGCUUGGGGCAAGACCUUCUGCGAAUGUUUUUGGAAGAAAUAGCUCCCGACGUGAUCGUGGAGGUGUCAGGGAGACGAAUUAAAGCACACAAAUGUAUUUUAUCAUCAAGGUGCCAGUACUUCGCUGGGAUACUAAGCGGUGGCUGGGUUGAGAGUGCGGGGAAUGUUAUAGCAUUGCCACCAUUUUCAUUUAACGUUGUCCACUUCGCUCUCUGUCAUAUAUACUCAGGCGUUUCUACAAUACCUGAUUCGAUAAGUAUUGUGGAGCUUGCGACAUUGGCUGAUAUGCUGGGCUUGGAAGGCUUGAAGGAAGCUAUCAUGUUUACAUUAAAAGCUAAAUAUUGUCAUCAUUUCCACAAACCCUGUGCGGUAUGCAAAGCUGGAGUGCUGGAAUGUUUCCCCCUGUGCUCAGUCUAUGGCCUGGACGAUUUGUACAGAAAAUGCUUGAAAUGGAUUAUAAAGUAUUUUCCUUGGGUGUGGCCUACUAAAGCUUUUGCCACACUGCCUUCCGAAUUAUUAGAGAAAUGUUACCAAGAGAUUGUUAUCAAUAUGACGCUUGAGAAUAUUAUCAAUACAGUUUACGGAUGCGGCCUUACAGUUGAAGACUUGCAUCAUAUUCGAUGGGGCGACAUUGUAGCACGUAUAUGCCGCCGAUUGGUGCACGCUGCGGCACACUUUAUCGCGCCUAAACUUGUGACAGUUCUGCGCGAAAUCGGUACGUUGCCGCCCGACCCGCCGGCGUCCGCUAAACAGGCGCUCGACGAAUGCAUGGCCGCGGCCAUAGAAUGGGCGCCGCCGGACGAAUGCUGCCGCGCCUACGCACUCCUGGCCGGCGUCGCCAGGGAAAUACGAAACCACCGAUUCGCCAAGCCCGAUCUGAUCACCAACGGCAACCCGAACAACGUGCCCGGUCAAGACAACCUUCUGUACGUCAGCGCCGGCAGCUGGGUGCAGCAGUGCGAGGGCGCGCUGGUGCGGGCGGCGCCGCGCGUGUGCUGCACGCAGGCCUUCGCCGAGCUGCCGCCGGAGCUGCGCGCGCGCCUGCGCGAGCUGGGCUGCAUCAUGUACGGCCAGCCGCAGCUGCCCGGCCGAACCCUCGCCCUCCAGCACCGCAGAAGCAAGAACGCUCACCCCAAACCGAACAAAACCCAACCAUCCACGUCCAGGAACUUAGAUAUAGACCACAUGCGAGCUUCCUUUGUUCCAUAUGCUCCCAAGCCGGCGACCCUCGUCGCCCCGGGCGUGUUCAAAAGUAGCAGCAAUGAUUUACAAGAUACAAAAAAGAUGUCUCGCGCUGCACCUCCUAAAGUCAGGACCACCAAAGCGCAAGAGGAACGCGCGAAGUUUAAUUUGUCCAAGGCGAACCCGUCCCAGGAGCGGCUGAAUGCCAAGGUGAACGCAGCGAAGCCAUCGUUUGAACACACCAAGCCCAGAUAUCUGGAACCUAAAAUUAUGCCAGAAAUGAAAAAAAAUGUUAGUACCAAGAAAUUGGUCCCUAAAAUGAUAUCGUCUAGUGAAUCUUCUCGGAACUCAAGUCCCAUUCAAGCGAGAAACUUGAGGACGAGUCGCAUGAAAAAUCGGCAGGCAAACGAGGGGAAGACGCAAGCUUUGUCGCAGGACAGCCUGGCCACGUGCUCGCGGCCGCGCACUGCUGAGCCGUCGACGGACUCGCUCAGUGAAUCGCAGACCAGUAACAAAUAUGCCACCUAUACCAAGGUGCGGCAUACCACCAAGGGAUCCAUUGAAUCUGCUGCAGUGAAAUGCACUCGACACGCUACCGCCCCCAACCCAUCGGCAGUGACAAAUGGUAAAGUAAAGACAAAAAUACCCGUUUAUUUAAACUCUUUGUCCAAGUCGUACAACACAGAUAACAAGAGCAGUUGUGACGUGCCGUCGCCGCAAAGUAAAUCGUUCCCCGCCCCUAAAACAUCGACGGCUACACAUUCCACUGCAUCGGUGCCGAUGCGUAGCAAGAACUACGAGAAGAAUUCUUCGUGCUCUUUGAUGAAUGCAACAAAAUCUAGCUCUGCCAAAAUGGUGACGAAAAUAAUCAAAGAAUCUCCCCGCUCUAAAACGGUUACAAAAAAUGUCAAAGGCAAUUCCAACUCUCGCCGUCCUCAACGCAGAGCAGAAACCGAUCCACAGAUGGAAAUUCCUGUGAUGGAACGCUCUGGUACUUUUCUUAAAGACGAGCCAACUUUCGGCGAUAAAACAACUAACAUAGAUUUAGAUGAAUAGACUGCUCGCGUGGGCAGUAUUGUUUUACAAGCUUUAGCGGGAGCCAGGAAAUAGCUGCGCCGUGACGAGAUCUCACCGCGGAUCCCGUUGAAGCGUUAGUAGCUAAAACCUUUCAGAUCAUACAGACUACAAAUCUUCCAAUCAGCAACAAGAAUGUUAACGAGUUACGUAAUUAAAAUAACAUUAAAUUCUGUUGUAAAGGCCUUUAUCAGUCUUUCUAAUUAUGUUAUUUAAAUGUUUGUACUAAAAUAAGUGAAAAGACUGGUAAAGACUAAAGAUUAACCCCCAGUUUCUGCACCGAGAUAUUUAGCUUGAGUGUGCUCAUCUUUUACUUAAGUAUGAAAUUAAGCUUUUAAAUUCAUACUGAAGCCUAUAAGUAAAAAAUAAGCACACUCAAGUUAAAAAUCUCAUUUCAGAUACCGGGGAACUAGUGCUCGUCUUUUGUUACAUUUUACGUUCAAUUUAAUUCGGUAUUGUGAACUAUGUGUUACAAACAUCUUUAUUAUGAGCAGAAUAUCAAAAAGCAUAAUAUUAAAACCUUUACACCUAACUCCUACAAUAAUAACAUUUAAUUAUAGAUUUACAUCUUAGUGCUUCCAAUUUUUAAUACCGUAUGAACAAUAAUUUAUAUCUUGACGGCUGAUUGGGGUGAUCUAAGCCAAGCUCUCUGCUUGUGAGGUGUCUUUUUUCAGCUCUACCUCAUUAUCACUCGUAGAUUUUUAAUGUGUGGACUGUUUUAAUUCUGGGCUAGAUCGGGUAGUCUGUCCACACAUAACUCGAGGCAGAGUAGUCUGGUCUGUACUCUAGGCGAUUAUGUAGAUUCUACCUAUCUGUGAGCUAAAAUAAUGACUUACCGCUAGCUAUGUGGUGAAGGUAGUGUUUGAGUGUGUAUACUAAUAUUACGCGUAAUAUAUUUUUUUAUUGUAAUAUUAGUGUAGAUAAAUUACGCAGGUGACAAUGAAGUAAUGAUGUGAUAUAUUUUGUUGGGUUGCCCAGUAAAUUAAUUUCCCGUUAUGGCCCUAUUAAUGAAUCCGAUGAAUUGAUACUUAAUAAUUAAAAUGUAUUGAAAUAGUAGUAUCUUACUAAUAUUAUAAGUGUGUUUUGUAUGGAUCUCUGGAAUUUACAGUAUUAUUAUUUACCUAUACAUCAAAAUAACAUUUAUAACAAUCUGUGAAAAUCUAAAUACGCGAAGCGGUGGCAAAAUCUAAUUAACUACAUAAAUUAUUAAAUAGCUUAUUACGAUUUUUUUACAUGUGAACUAAUUUGGAAUGAGCAUUGUAAGGGUCACCUGUGUAGGGAUUGUAUUUUUAUCACGCAUUUUUAUGCUUGAUGUUUCUAUAUAGGUAACUACAUAUAGAUUGAUAAAUGCAUGUCUAUGUUAUCGUCAUCUAAAUGAUUAUACUCAAAUAAUUUAUUUUUUCUCUUUAAUAGCGUAAUUUGGCCAUGGUUUGUAAAGUACACGCAAAUCUGGCGUAUCUUAUUAAUUAUACAUUUAUUGCUAGAUUUUUUGGUGUCUGCUACGUAUUUUGUCGCUGUUUCAUAAUAUUGUGGAUCAAUUAAGAUAGAAUUUUGCUAAUAUUAGUCCUGAAACCAAAAAUAGCGACUCACUUGUAAAAUACUGUUAAUUAUAAUUAUUAUGAGGAAUUACGAUUUAGCGUUAUAUUUUACCUGAGUACUCUUGACUUGUUGACUGUUAGGUCCAUAACUAUUAAUUAUUUUGAUAACUGACUUAAUAGAGUGGCGUUGUUUUAAAUAAUAGCAUUUAUAGGAUGUUUAGAAGCAAUGCGUGUAAAGUGCUUUGGGAACCAAUAAUAAAUAGUUUUCCGCCAAGUACAAGUAAGUAUCUAAUAGGUAUUAUUCGGCUGAUUAUUUAUAUAUUUGUUACUUAAUUUUUCCAAUAUUAAUUUCUUAAUUUCUUCAAUCUUAAAUAGAUCUCACUAUGAUCAUCUAAAAGGAUUUUUCACUUUCUUAUUGGUUGGUUCUUGUUAGGGUUCUUGAUGGUUUCUGAGCUUUUUUUCUCGUUCCCAAAAUCAUGACACACAUGUUCCAAAGUCCAAACAACCUAAGACUAGGCGCAGACCACCGAAUAUAUAUUGACCAUAUCCCAUAUCAAAUAUUUCAAUUGCAAUAUUAUAGUUAUUAAACUAACGUUUCAGUAACUUUAAUAAUGCAAAUAUCUUAUUGUUAACAAAAUAUUGAUACAAAGAGCUAAGACCCUUUGUGUACCGUCGACAGCACAUCAGAGAGUACGUUUUUGUUGCAUUGUGGUACCUAUUACCACCACAUCGGAUGUCCGAGUGUCCAUCUUGAUGUGCCGUCGUCCAUAACUAAAGAUGCAGUUAGAGUAGGCGCACACCGUUGAUUUUGAGUUGGCCGAUAG